UUACCUUUCCAAUAGCAACCCAAGUACUCUUGGUAUAACCAAGCAACACUCACAUCCACUCUUACACUCUCUCUUCCAGAAAGAAUAUGGCUUUUGAAGAAACAAAACCAAUAAGAUUUGGAAUACUUGGUUGUGCAGAAAUAGCUAGAAAAGUUUCAAGAGCUAUAAACCUUUCACCAAAUGCAACUCUCUACGCAAUUGGAAGUCGUUCACUAGAAAAAGCAACAAAAUUUGCAGCUUCAAACAACUUCCCUUCUCAUGCCAAAGUAUAUGGCUCAUACGACGCGGUUUUAGACGAUCCAGACGUCGACGUUGUCUACAUUCCGCUUCCGACUAGCUUGCACCUUCACUGGGCAGUUCUUGCUGCUCAAAAGAAGAAACACUUGUUGCUUGAUAAACCAGUUGCUUUAAAUGUUGGAGAACUUGAUAAGAUUUUGGAAGCUUGUGAAUCUAAUGGACUGCAGUAUAUGGAUGCUACUAUGUGGAUGCAUCAUCCUAGGACUGAAAAAAUGUUUCAGUUUAUAUCUGAUCCUAAUCUCUUUGGUUCCCUUCAAUUGGUACAUGCUGCAUUUACAUUCGGGGCAAGUCCACAUUUCCUAGCAAACGACAUUCGUGUAAAACCAGAUCUUGAUGCCCUAGGAGCACUUGGUGAUGCUGGUUGGUACUGCAUUAGGGCAAUCUUAUGGGCUGCAAAUUACGAAUUACCCAAAACAGCAAAAGUCUUACACAAACCAAAAUACAAUGAAGCAGGGGUACUUCUGUCAUGUGAAGCUUCUUUGACAUGGGAAGAUAACAAAGUAGCAACUUUCUUUUGUUCCUUUUUAGCAGACAUGUCUAUGGAUAUAACAGCUAUAGGGGCAAAAGGGUCAUUGCGUGUUCAUGAUUUUAUUAUACCUAAUCAAGAGAAUGAGGCUUUGUUUAGAAUAAGUUCAAAUUCUUAUUUUGUUGAACUUUCUACUGGUUGGAAUCCUAAACCUAGUGAGAUUAUAGUAAAAAAUGAUGUUCCACAAGAAGUACUUAUGGUUAAGGAAUUUGCUCAUAUGGUUGGUGGGAUUAAGUAUGGGAAUUCUAAAGUUGAGAAUAAGUGGGCAAUUAUUAGUAGGAAAACUCAAGUGGUUAUUGAUGCUGUGAAAGCUUCAAUUGAUAAUGAUCUUGAGCCUGUUUCUAUUCAGUAUUAAGUAAUUUAUGUUUCUAGUUGUAUUUUGUUUUGUAGUUUUGAUGUUCCAAAUAAGGAAGUAUCUUAUGGCAUAGAUGCUUUAAUAAGUGGUGAUACAUGUACCACCCUAUGUGGCAAUAUAUCCUUUACACCCACACAAGAUUCUGACACGUGGCAACCUGGACCCCACACAAAUAGAAGAUAAAGUGUGGUUGUGAGAUGAACUUACCAAAAUAUCCCUAAUACAUGGGGUGUACAAUUGGAUGUAUGAAUAAAAGGUGUUCAUGUAACAUUUUCCAUUGUAAUAUCUAGGAAUGUUCACUGUUUUCUUUUUGAAUAA